AUGGAAGAGGCAUCUACUUCCUGGACAUCGGCCAGUAGCUAUUACCAGUACAGUCAGGCGAAUCAUCAACCACGUGGUUUGACAGAUUCUUACGCCUGCUACUACAGUAGCCACCCAUACUACGCCCAAAGUCAGCUGAGCCACUGUGAUGAAGAAUUAGCAUACUCUACUACAGAAGGUGCCGUUCCUUCUGUUGCGGAUUGCAGCACUGGAAGCUUUUCGACAGACAGUGAGACCUGCGGUUCUGACACGAUGUACAUUGGCGAGGAUCUUGAAAACCUUUCCCCGGACUCUAUACCUGACGAGGGGAUCAACGACAGCGCCAACGCUAACACCACUGUUAACGCCGGAGGGAGGAAACGCAAACGUCCUAUUCCCAAGGACAAGCCGCCUUAUAGUUACAUCGCCUUGAUCAGCAUGGCUAUUGCUAACGCAAAAGAUCGGCGUCUAACCCUGCAAGAGAUCUACAAUUUCAUGACCGACAGGUUCCCGUUCUACGCCAACCAUGCUAAUCCCAAAGGCUGGAAAGGGUCUAUCCGCCACAAUCUGGCCCUUAACGACUGUUUCAUGAAGCUGCCCAAGAAACCCGGGAUGAUCGGACAUCAGUGGACGAUAGACCCUGAGUACGAGGACAUGUUCGACCACGGCAGCUUUCUUCGACGACGGUACCGUUUCAAGGAUGGAAUCCGCAAAAAGGGAAGGCGUGCCAACAUCCCAGGGCCCGAGGCUGCACCCAACACUGUCAUCACCCCAGCCACAUCUGAGUUCGCCCAAGUGCGGCCAGUUCCAUUCCUUGCAACGAUGUUCCCACCCACAUUGCUGCAGACGUCCGCGGCUUCCCAGUACACGAAACAGACACCUGCCGCCAACGUGUCGCCUCAGGUUCCUUACCAGUACGACCCAGCAAAGUUCCACCAGCGUCUUUCCCCUCCUUGCACAACGGUGUCCCCCAACAACAACAAGCCACAAAGCAGCCCCGGCGAGUACCCACAGGUGUCUCCGAUCCCCACCGACUCACCACAGCACUCUGGCAGCGAGGUGGUCAGCCCUCUUUCCACCAUGGACACUUCUCGGCCAUCUUUCAGUAGCGGGGAUGGAAGCGACUCCGACGUUGUCUCCCCUUCGCAGAGGUACCCUGUGCGGUGUAGCAUGGCCAGCAGUAGUUAUGGCGAUCUGAUGAAUAUUGCAGCCCAAAACUUGGCUUCCAGCUCAGCGUCACUCAUCGAGUAUACCACCAGCACAUCGAACUUCAAGAACUAUUUGCGGCCGCCACAGUACCCUUACAACUCCCAAUACAGCGCCCAGUAUCCUGCCCAGUACAACGACAACCUUCGGUACUACGGGGGUGACCUAUGGUAGAGCACUACACACCCAAGACCGUUGAGCUUAAUUUAUUAACUUUGUCGGUUGUUAUAU